AUGGCGGGAGAAUGGUUCAGGUUACUUCCGAAGGGCUCGAUCGUCAGGUUCGAUGAUUUGAGCGAAAGGUUUAAAUUCCAAUUCGUCAGCAACAACCUCCCCGAAAGAACUACUGUCGAACUUACCUCAAUACAGCAGGAAAGAGGCGAAAGUCUUCGGGACUUCAUGGCCAGAUUCAUGAGAGAAUCGACGAACAUUCCUAACUUACAACCCGAUGUAGCCAUCUUCACUUUGAAAUAUGCGCUCCAGGAAGGAAACUUCAGAGAUAAACUGCACAUGAAAACCCCCACCAAGAUAGUUGACGUAGUGCAGAUGGCAAACACGUUCAUCAGAACCGAAGAGUUCAAGAAAGCUGCUGCGAAAUUGAAAGGCUCCACGAAGCCGAAGGAUACAAAAAAUCAAAGUAAGCCCGAGGGCAGGUCAAGGAAAGGUAAAGAGAAACAGGGUGCGAGAGAUGUCAACCCAAAGAAAGAAGGGCGAACGGGUGAAUUUCAACCCAAAUACACCAACUACACCCCUCUCACUCUUCCCCCAAAGGAAAUCUACAGCCUCCACAAGUACGAUGAGAAAUGGCAAAAGCCAGGCAAGCCGAAAUCCCAACACAGAAAUAGAAACAAGUGUUGCGAGUUCCACGACGACCACGACCACAACACUGAAGAGUAG